AUGAAAUUUCUUCAUCCAGGAGUCAUAGACAAAGGGAACUACAGCAUGUUUGCCCCUCCAAAAACGCUCAUACCAAUGCCAGACCAUGAAUCACCUCGAACUGCAGCCUUAUCUUCAGUUACUGAUCAGAAUCAAGUCAAUGGAGGGAAGAAAGGGCCCAAUCAGCUACAGGAGCCACCAGUGUAUGAAACGGCAUGGGAACGAGCCAUCAGGUUGUCUAAAGAGGUUCGAUUGAAGAAAGCAAGUGAAAGGAAAGAGCAUGAUAUUGACUUUGAAGUGAAGCGAUUCAACUUGAGUAUUGGACAAGAUGAACCUGAAGACUUGGAGAAGGAAAGCAGUAUAUGUAUAGCCAGGCCUCCUACUCCUGUGAAGAAGGAUGAGGAACUCAACUUUGAUGAGACAUGCCUGGAUGAGUCAGAUAGACUUGCCCUGGAGGCGUGGCGAAUGAAGAAGCUGCGUGAGAAACGAUAUGAAGAAGGUCGCAAGCACAGAGAGAGUGACUACUACACCGCUUGGACUGAUGAAUUUGGGAGGACUCGCUAUCGACGAAGAACUGAAGAGACACGAGAAAUUCAUCAAGAAGGAAGGAAAGAGAUGAGCCAUGUCAGGAGAGUCCCUCCUCCCCCAGACAAGGAUUGGAAGGAUGGCAGGAGUGAAGAGGUGACAUCUGUGGUGAAAGGACGAGGUGAUGAAUGGUCUGAUCCGUGGAUGCGUGCCCGAUCUCCAGGUCCUGGAAAAGGGAAAUCUGCAGGGAAGCCAAAAAAGCAUCCUGGAUCUCAUUCCUCACACUCCUCCAGGGGAACACAUGAUCAAGUCAUCAUAAACAACAACAGGGGGUAUAAAAGACUCCUUUCAGGCCUGCCUGACUCAUUGUUGACGCACUUUGCUUUGACAUGCAUGGGCCGAAAGAAGGAUCUCAUCCCAGUGAACAAAGCCACCAUCCUUGCACUUCAUCAGAGUGGAAAAACACAGGUGGACAUCAGCAAGUUGUGUGGUUAUGCGCAAUCAACAGUGUCUGCUGUCAUCAGAAGCAGCAUUGGAGGUGAACCCGCGCCUUCCAACAAGAAGUCAGUGUCUGCUGUCAUCAGAAGCAGCAUUGGAGGUGAACCCGCACCUUCCAACAGGAAGAAUUGUGGGAGAAAGAAAGCAACAACACCAAGGGAGGACAAAAAGCUGCGGAGAAUUGCCAUUGAGAACCGCAUGAAAGGUAGCUCGCGAUCCAGUUCAUAUUCAUCAUAUAGUCGGAGCAGCAGCAGAAGCAGUGCAAGUUCUUUGAGUAGAUCACGAUCAAGAUCCAUCUCAAAAUCACCUCCACCUCGAAAGCCUCCAGGUGGUGGAGAGAGACAAAUGAAGCAAAAUAUGAGGGCAUAUCCUCCACCUGUGUUGGCGUCCAUUCCACCUCCAACUCGUGCUCCUCUUCCUCCUCAUGUUUUCCCUCCUCAACCCACAAACAUCGUUAGACCUACUCCACUUGGUCCAAGGAAAUCCAGAUCCCCUCCCAUUGUCCAGUCACAGAUCUCUACUUCUCCUGAUAGGGGGAAGGAAUCAAGAAUGGGAAUAAAGCGAAAACGGAGUGCAUCAAGCAGUUCCCAUUCCCCAGCAAGAUCUCCAUCUGCCUCAAGCAGCACAUCCAACAGCUCUUCUGCCUCUGGGUCAAGUGGCAGUUCCUGGAGAAAGAAACGAAAGAAGACCAAUCGUCUUGUCAAGGCCAGGAAAGAACCUGCACCGCCAGGGAUGGAGCAAGAGAAAGCAAAGCCGAAGAUUCCCACUCAUGCAUUUGCUCCUCCUCCAUCUCAGGCUACUGUUCUCCAGACAUCCAAGGGCAUUGAUCCUCUCAAGGCAUCAGGGCAGAAGCAGCAAAUCAAACUGACUCUGAAACCCAGUACGGAAUUACGAGAGAAAUUGCCUGCGAUGAUGGAGAAAGUGGCGCCACCCAUCCCGGUGGAGAAGGUCGGAAUGGUGACUAAGUCGAGCAAGAAGACUGUUGUCUCGAGGCGUGAAGAACUUCUCAAGCAGUUGAAAGCCGUCGAAGAUGCUAUUGCUCGUAAGCGUUCCAAACUUCAAGAUGCCUGACUUGGCAUACCAGAACGUCCCCUUGAUGGAUUAAAAAACAUCUAUCAUGCUCAUCGUGAUUGGAGUCCAUCUACGUCCAACUUCCUUCAUUUUUCAUGUCAGUGCAAGCCCUGUCAAUAUAUGGUUGAUUGGUAAGGCCUGGUAAUAAAUCAUUCAUGACGUCUCA